GAAACAACCUAAGACAACAAAUCUUGCUUCGAGAGAACAGACCAUGUAUAAGAAAGCAUCCGAGCUUUCCAUCCUUUGUGAUGUCGAAGUCUGUGUGAUAUACUACAACCGUGACGGAGAACUCGUCGGGACAUGGCCGGAAGAUCGAUCCAAGGUUCGAGACAUGGCAGAGAGAUACAGCAAACUCAACGAUAGCGAGAGACGCAAGAAAAGCACAAACCUUUCUCUGUUUCUGAAUAAGAAGACCGACAAGAAGACAUCUUUAGAUAUCAAUGACAAGAGAUUCUCUGAGAAACUUUUGGAGAUGGAGGCUUCGUUAGAGAGUAAUAUACGGGUGUUACAAGAUCAGUCUUCGGGUGUUACAGAACCUGCAGACAGAACCCCUCGAUCAGAACCCUUUGGUGUCUUCCGCCGGCUUCUUCACAACAUUGAUGAGCGGUGGUGUGUCAAAAACAGAGCAAGACCUAUCGACGCCUUCAUCGACUCAACAACUUCCCAUGGUGAUGAUGCAGACACAAACCCCACCAGUACUUGUCCACUUUGAUGAUCAGUUUGCGGAG